AUGGAGGCAGCGCUGCAAGAGCUGCAGCGGAUCGUUGGAGAGCAGGCGGCCCAGAUCCAGAGGCUGACCGAGAGACCAGAAUCUCAAGCUGAGGACCGACGGCUUGAGAGCAUUGUUGACACGAAGAUCCUGAGCAGGAUCGGAGUCUUCUCAGGCGCAGAUGAAGAAUGGAGGCAGUGGUGUUUCGUGUUCGAGUCAACGGCAGGGCUCGUCGACCUAGAGCAGAUCAUGACUCACUGCGAGAACACGGGCGAGACGGAGCUAGGCAAGGCCCUCACGAUCCUCCAGAUGGUGCCAAUGAACAACGGCGCCAUAGGUUGGAAGAGGCUCAAGGACGAGUACGAACCGAAGUCGGGCGGAAGACUGACGGCGAUGCUGAUGGGGGUGCUCAAGCCAGAGUGGGAGACGGCCAUCAGAGGCGGCAUCCGCGCGUGGGAAGCUGCCUGGAAGGAGUGGGAGAAGAGCGUCUCGCUCUACGAGGCCCAGUCCCUGGAGAGAGUCACGGAAGGCACGAGGAUUGCUGUCGUGGUCAGGUGGGCUCCAGAGGACGUGAAGGCCGUGGUCCGCCAAGCCCUGGGGGCGAUCGGCCAGGACUACAACAAGCUGGCCAAGGUCGUCACGGACUACAUCGCCAGUGGCAAGGUCUACGAGACCACGGGACCACCCCACGGCAUCCAGUACGACGGACCCAUGCCCAUGGACGUCGGCAUGGUGAACGAGAAUGGAGACGUUGGCGGCAUCUUCAAGCCACCGAAGGGGUACGGCAAGCAGUCGAGGAAGGACGCUGGCAAGGGUCGGGACUCAGAUCGCGACACCUGCAAGAACUGUGGCAAACGAGGCCAUUGUUCAAGGGAUUGCUGGGCCCCAGGAGGUGGAGCAGCCAACCAGACAAAAGGCAAGGGCAAGGACGCGAAAGGCGGAAAAGGAGGUAAAGAGAGGAAGAAGUGCGACAAGUGCGGAAAGCCAGGUCAUGAGGCCAAGGAGUGCAGGUCACACAUCAAGUGCGACAAGUGCGGGAAGAUGGGCCACAAAGCUUCAGAGUGCAGGUCGACGCCAGAGAAUGCUGAGGUCAAGAGGAUAGUCAACGAGCAGGACGAGCUGUGGGUCAUGGGUGCCGCCGAGAGCGUGAACACCAUCAACGACGACAGCAAGUACGUGUGGGUCUCGAUUGAUAGCGGGUCGGACGCUGACGGGUGCCCCCUCGGCUUUGGUCACUCGAGCGACGACGUCGAGGGCCCCGCCAAGGUGGAGCUGAGGACGGCCACCAACGACGAGAUCCAGGACUACGGCGAGCGGAACGUCGGCACCGCGUUUCUGGACGAGACGGGCCACGAGGUGAUGGCCACGAACCGAUUUCGCAUCGGCGACUUCAGCAAGCUCGUACUCAGCUGUGGCAUCAGAGUCAUGAGAGGAGCAGCCAUUCACUUGGAGACGGGGAACAGCUACAUGGCCCCGCCGAGCGUGAACGGCGUCCAGAGGAAGAUACCCCUGACAAUGAUCGGGAAGAGCUUCUACGCGAGGUGUCGGGUGCUGGAGGACCACCACCAGGACCUCAAGUUGCACCUGCACCACCAGAACCUCAAGCUGCACCUGCACCGCCAGGACCUCAAGUCGUACCUGCACCACCACCACAAGCAGGCAUUGAGAGCUCGCCUGAAGGAGCUCAGGAGGCUUGGGAUUAUCGAUGCGGCCAUCUACGGCACCAAGAAGCAGCUGUGGGAGAGGCUCGUCAAGUGCGAGCACCAGCUAGAUGAGAAUAUGAAGGUCAAGGAGGCCCUCGAGGAGCGUCAACGGCGACUCCAAGAAGGCGUCGAUCCCGAAGUAGCGAGGACACUGAAGAUCCCAGAGAGGCCUGACGCGGAGACCGUACGGCAGCACGAGCUUACUCACGCGAAGUUCGAGCCCUGGUGCCUGGAGUGCGUGUUCGGAAAGGGAGAUGCCGCAUCCCAUCGGGAAGUUCAGUUUCUUACGGACAAGGAGCCAGAGGUGCCCGUCGUGCAGACCGACUACCAUUUCUUGAAGGACGAUGGCGAGGAGACCGAGGACGCGGCCAACCGCUUCUCCACCACGCUGGCCGUCAUCGACUGCGACACGGGUGUUCCUCUACAGCUCAGCUUCCCAGAGAAGGGAGGCAACCACGACUACACUGUGACCUCGAUCGUGAGUUUCCUCAGGAGGCUGGGCGCCACUCAGCUCCGGCUCAGGAGUGACGGAGAGCCGAGCAUUGUCAGCAUAGCAAAUGCGGUGGCGGCCAAGAGACUUAAGUUCGAUGGCUACAAGGUCACAGUGGGGCAGACCCCCAGGUACUCAUCGCAGUCGCUCGGAGCCGUGGGGGCGCAGCAGAAGAUCUUGCAGGGCCAGACCAGAACGAUCCGAGCUGCACCAGAGAAGAUGCUGGGCAUCAAGAUAGGGCCAGGUCAUGUUCUGUGGCCGUGGCUUGUUAGACACGUAGGCUUCAUCACGGAGAUGUUCCACAUCAAGUCAAACGGACGGACUCCUCAUCAAUAUGCUACUGGCACCAGGUACCAUGGCGUCGUCCUGAAGUUCGCAGAGACCGCCAUGUUCAAGCAUCCGAUGUCGUCGAGUGGCCACAUGACAGGAGGCAGACGCAGUCGCAAGUCCAAGUCGAUGUGGGAGAAGGGCGUCUUCCUGGGCAAGACCUACGAGAGCGACGAGUUCCUCACGGGUACGAGCAGCGGGGUGCACUUGGUCAGGACUGUGCGCAGGCUCCCAGAGGAGGACCAAUGCGACCUAGAGCUCGUGGCCAAGAUAGUUGGGGUCCCCUGGGACCGAGGCAUCGGCCAGAUUGGAAGGCCGAAAGGCAAGAGGGUGGUCAUUCUCCCGACUGCCCCACCUGAGAAGAAGCAAGAGGAGACUGAGGUCGACGAGACCAAGGAGGAGAAGGGAGUUCCAGACCCCACGGUGGAGAGAGGAGUUGCCGAGGACGGGAACAGCUACGCGAGUGCCAGGAGUAGGACAGGCAGUGGCUACAUGGACGACGUGGCGCUCCCCACACCGAGGCAAGAGGCAGGCGGAAGCUCGUCAUCACGUCCUGCCCAGCCCACUGGGGAGUCGGAGGUUCCAGAGGUUGAGAUGGGCGCCGUCGGAGGCGUCGACGGCUUCGUGAUGGGCGAGAUCGACCCGAUGCCCGUCAUGGAUCCAGAGAUGGACAUCGACUGGCACGAGGGAGAGUAUGACGUGGACCUCAUCAAGGCAGGCAAGUGCAAGGAUAUCAACACGAUGCAGGAGUUUGGAGUGUUUGAGGCGGUGUCGCCUGAUGAGAUAGAUUCCACGUGGACAAGGUUGUCAACCAAGUGGGUGUACCAGGGGAAGGGUGAAGAGAUUCGCUGUCGCUUCGUUGCCAGGGAGUUCAAGAGCAUGGACCCCGAGCGCGAGGGGCUAUUCACGCCGGCCAGCGAACCCACGACUGGCAGGCUCAUUGACUUCAAGGCGGUGAAGCGAGACCAGCCCACCGUCAUCAUCGACGCUGUCAAUGCCUACUUCCACGCUGAACAAGACAGGCUCGUGGCGGCGGUGCCGCCUCGGGAGUGGAUCGAGGCCGAGGCGAUCAAGGGCAAUACUACGAGGACGAUGUGGAGGAUGAAGAAGAAGCUCUAUGGCGAGAGGGACGCGAGCAGGGGCUUCAGUGACUUCAUGAACCGCACCCUCGUCUCAGAGAUGGAGUUUGAACAAUGUCCUGAUCAGCCAUGCUUCUACCGCCGAGAGCGGGAUUCAGUGGACCUGGAGCUUCAUCAGGAUGACAUCUACGCGACAGCUGAUGACAGCAACCUCCAAGCGUUCACGACGGAGCUCAGCAGCAUGGUCAAGAUCAAGGUGAGCAAGCUACUCAAGGUAGGUGCGAAGUACCAACAUCUGAAAGGAGGGCGAGUGAGAGUCGAGGACGGCAUGUUCUUGACGGGCAACAGGAAGUACGCGUACAAGAUCGUGGAGCUGCUGAACCUCGGCAAGGCGAAGAGCUCGCCCACGCCAAUUGUGACGAAGCUACUGCAGGAGGACUUCGAGCAUCCGCUGAACGCCGAGGAGACCAGUCUCUACAGGCAGUGCGUGGGCAUCGCGAGGUACAUGGUCAACUAUGUCACGGAGGUCACGUUCGCUGUCCACGUGCUGAGCAAGAGGUUGGCCACGCCCACCGACAACGACAUGAAGAGGCUCAAGCAUCUCGGCAGGUACCUACUUGGAGAAGCCGAGUAUUACGCAUCGGUGACAGCAGCCGCCGAGGCAAUCCACCUCCAGAGUGUGAUGGGUUUCCUGGACAUGGACGUGAAGAUCAGGAUCCGCAUAGACUCCACUGCGGGCAAGGCGGUCUGCCACCGCGUUGGAGUGGGAAGGAUCCGCCACCUUGAGGUCCGCACCCUGUGGCUCCAAGCCAAGGUGCGAGACAAGAAGCUGGUGGUGAUCAAGCAGGCUGGGGAGACCAACCUGGCCGACGUGGGUACCAAGGCGCUGACGAGUCAGAGGUUCCACUGGCUGAGAGCACAGCUGGGACGACGGCCGUUGGCUGGCGCGGAUGACAUGGGGGAGAGCACGGCUGUCCGGGUCAACAUCGUGAGCGACACAACGUCCAAGAUGGCGAGGGUCGGCGCGGCCCUGAUCGCUCUCCUGGGCAGCCUGGGCUCGGUGAAAGCGGACGGUGAGUGCGACGUCUACGGCUAUGAGAAGGACAGGAAGGAGAUCGCCCUGCAGGACACCCGUCAAGAGACUGGCGUGCACCUCCAGGGCAUGAUGCUCAUCAUGGUCAUGAUCACUAGCAUGAUCGUAGCAUGCACAGUCGGUGGCUGUGCGGGCUGGUGCAUCGGCUAUUUCAUGAGGCCGAGUUGCACGAGCGAGAGCAGGCAGGAGAAAGAGAAGGUAGAGCUCAACCAGAGGGCCAUCAAGACCAAGAAGCUGAAGGUCGAGUACAGGACCGUCUCGACCCAGAGCCAGGUGACGCACUCCUGGCAUCGGGAGAGACCCCAGCGGAAGGGCUUGAGCGACACCGCAGCAGCGUGUUUUGCCUGCGGCUCGCAGGACCAGAUCCAGAGGCUGACCGAGAAACCAGAAUCUCAAGCUGAGGACCGACGGCUUGAGAGCAUUGUUGUCACGAAGAUCCUGAGCAAUAUAGGAGUCUUCUCAGGCGCAGAUGAAGAAUGGAGGCAGUGGUGUUUCGUGUUCGAGUCAACGGCAGGGCUCGUCGACCUAGAGCAGAUCAUGACUCACUGCGAGAACACGGACGAGACGGAGCUAGGCUGGGCAACUCAAACGGAGAGAGCCCAACUGAGGAUGAAGGUGCUGUAUCACUUGCUGAUCGCUACGACGAGAGGCAAGGCCCUCACGAUCCUCCAGAUGGUGCCAAACAACAACGGUGCCAUAGGUUGGAAGAGGCUCAAGGACGAGUACGAACCGAAGUUGGGCGGAAUACUGACGGCGAUGCUGAUGGGAGUGCUCAAGCCAGAAUGGGAGACGGCCAUCAGAGGCGGCAUCCGCGUGUGGGAAGCUGCCUGGAAGGAGUGGGAGAAGAGCGUCUCGCUCUACGAGGCCCAGCCCCUGGAGAGAGCCACGGAAGGCACGAGGAUUGCUGUCGUGGUCAGGUGGGCUCCAGAGGACGUGAAGGCCGUGGUCCGCCAAGCCCUGGGGGCGAUCGGCCAGGACUACAACAAGCUGGCCAAGGUCGUCACGGACUACAUCGCCAGUGGCAAGGUCUACGAGACCACGGGAGCACCCCGCGGCAUCCAAUACGACGGACCCAUGCCCAUGGACGUCGGCAUGGUGAACGAGAAUGGAGACGUUGGCGGCAUCUUCAAGCCACCGAAGGGGUACGGCAAGCAGUCGAGGAAGGACGCGGGCAAGGGUCGGGACUCAGAUCGCGACACCUGCAAGAACUGUGGCAAACGAGGCCAUUGGUCAAGGGAUUGCUGGGCCCCAGGAGGUGGAGCAACCAACCAGACAAAAGGCAAGGGCAAGGACGCGAAAGGUCAUGAGGCCAAGGAUUGCAGGUCACACAUCAAGUGCGUCAAGUGCGGGAAGAUGGGCCAAAAAGCUUCAGAGUGCAGGUCGAAGCCAGAGAAUGCUGAGGUCAAGAGGAUAGCCAACGAGCAGGACGAGCUGUGGGUCAUGGGUGUCACCGAGAGCGUGAACACCACCAACGACGACAACAAGUACGUGUGGGUCUCGAUUGAUAGCGGGUCGGGCGCUGACGGGUGUCCCCUCGGCUUUGGUCACUCGAGCGACGACGUCGAGGAUCCCGCCAAGGUGGAGCUGAGGACGGCCACCAACGACGAGAUCCAGGACUACGGCGAGCGGAACGUCGGCAUCGCGUUUCUGGACGAGACUGGCCACGACCACCACCAGGACCUCAAGUUGCACCUGCACCACCAGAACCUCAAGCUGCACCUGCACCACCAGAACCUCAAGCCGAGGCUUGGGAUUAUCGAUGCGGCCAUCUACGGCACCAAGAAGCAGCUGUGGGAGAGGCUCGUCAAGUGCGAGCACCAGCUAGAUGAGAAGAUGAAGGUCAAGGAAGCCCUCGAGGAGCGUCAACGGCGACUCCAAGAAGGCGUCGAUCCCGACGUACCGAGGACACUGAAGAUCCCAGAGAGGCCUGGCGCGGAGACCGUACGGCAGCACGGGCUUACUCACGCGAAGUUCGAGCCCUGGUGCCUGGAGUGCGUGUUCGGAAAGGGAGAUGCCGCACCCCAUCGGGGAGUUCAGUUUCUUACGGACAAGGAACCAGAAGUGCCCGUCGUGCAGACCGACUACCAUUUCUUGAAGGACGAUGGCGAGGAGACCGAGGACGCGGUCAACCGCUUCUCCACCACGCUGGCCGUCGUCGACUGCGACACGGGUGUUCCUCUACAGCUCAGCCUCCCAGAGAAGGGAGGCAACCACGACUACACUGUGACCUCGAUCGUGAGUUUCCCCAGGAGGCUGGGCGCCACUCAGCUCAGGCUCAGGAGUGACGGAGAGCCGAGCAUUGUCAGCAUAGCAAAUGCGGUGGCGGCCAAGAGACUCAAGUUCGAUGGCUACAAGGUCACAGUGGAGCAGACCCCCAGGUACUCAUCGCAGUCGCUCGGAGCCGUGGGGGCGCAGCAGAAGAUCUUGCAGGGCCAGACCAGAACGAUCCGAGCUGCACCAGAGAAGAUGCUGGGCAUCAAGAUAGGGCCAGGUCAUGUUCUGUGGCCGUGGCUUGUUAGACACGUAGGCUUCAUCACGGAGAUGUUCCACAUCAAGUCAAACGGACGGACUCCUCAUCAAGAUGCUACUGGCACCAAGUACCAUGGCGUCGUCCUGAAGUUCGCAGAGACCGCCAUGUUCAAGCAUCCGAUGUCGUCGAGUGGCCACAUGACAGGAGGCAGACGCACUCGCAAGUCCAAGCCGAUGUGGGAGAAGGGCGUCUUCCUGGGCAAGACCUACGAGAGCGACGAGUUCCUCAUGGGUACGAGCAGCGGGGUGCACUUGGUCAGGACUGUGCGCAGGCUCCCAGAGGAGGACCAAUGCGACCUAGAGCUCGUGGCCAAGAUAGUUGGGGUCCCCUGGGACCGAGGCAUCGGCCAGAUUGGAAGGCCGAAAGGCAAGAGGGUGGUCAUUCUCCCGACUGCCCCACCUGAGAAGAAGCAAGAGGAGACUGAGGUCGACGAUACCAAGGAGGAGAAGGGAGUUCCAGACCCCACGGUGGAGAGAGGAGUUGCCGAGGACGGGAACAGCUACGCGAGCGCCAGGAGUAGGACAGGCAGUGGCUACAUGGACGACGUGGCGCUCCCCACACCGAGGCAAGAGGCAGGCGGAAGCUCGUCAUCACGUCCUGCCCAGCCCACUGGGGAGUCGGAGGUCCCAGAGGUUGAGAUGGGCACCGUCGGAGGCGUCGACGGCUUCGUGAUGGACGAGAUCGACCCGAUGCCCGUCAUGGAUCCAGAGAUGGACACCGACUGGCACGAGGGAGAGUAUGACGCGGACCUCAUCAAGGCAGGCAAGUGCAAGGAUAUCAACACGAUGCAGGAGUUUGGAGUAUUUGAGGCGGUGUCGCCUGAUGAGAUAGAUUCCACGUGGACAAGGGGCUAUUCACGCCGGCCAGCGAACCACCGACUGGCAGGCUCAUACUUCAAGGCGGUGAAGCGAGACCAGCCCACCGUCAUCAUCGACGCUGUCAAUGCCUACUUCCACGCUGAACAAGACAGGCUGGUGGCGGUGGUGCCGCCCCGGGAGUGGAUCGAGGCCGAGGCGACCAAGGGCAAUACUACGAGGACGAUGUGGAGGAUGAAGAAGAAGCUCUAUGGCGAGAGGGACGCGAGCAGGGGCUUCAGUGACUUCAUGAACCGCACCCUCGUUUCAGAGAUGGAGUUUGAACAAUGUCCUGAUCAGCCAUGCUUCUACCGCCGAGAGCGGGAUUCAGUGGACCUGGAGCUUCAUCAGGAUGACAUCUACGCGACAGCUGAUGACAGCAACCUCCAAGCGUUCACGACGGAGCUCAGCAGCAAGGUCAAGAUCAAGGUGAGCAAGCUACUCAAGGUAGGUGCGAAGUACCAACAUCUGAAAGGAGGGCGAGUGAGAAUCGAGGACGGCACGUUCUUGACGGGCAACAGGAAAUAUGCGGACAAGAUCGUGGAGCUGCUGAACCUCGGCAAGGCGAAGAGCUCGCCCACGCCAAUUGUGACGAAGCUACUGCAGGAGGACUUCGAGCAUCCGCUGAACGCCGAGGAGACCAGUCUCUACAGGCAGUGCGUGGGCAUCGCGAGGUACAUGGUCAACUAUGUCACGGAGGUCACGUUCGCUGUCCACGUGCUGAGCAAGAGGUUGGCCACGCCCACCGACAACGACAUGAAGAGGCUCAAGCAUCUCGGCAGGUACCUACUUGGAGUUCGAGACAACGCGCUGUUCUUUCCCAGAGCUGGAGAGACAGCUGGAGACACCAUAGACAGAAAGAGUAUUUCUUGUGGGGUGUUGCGCUGCGGUGGCUGUACGCUUCUCGAGUACUCGCGCGGUCAAUGUACCCAAGCGCUGAGCUCAGGCGAAGCCGAGUAUUACGCAUCGGUGGCAGCAGCCGCCGAGGCAAUCCACCUCCAGAGUGUGAUGGGUUUCCUGGACAUGGACGUGCAGAUCAGGAUCCGCAUAGACUCCUCUGCGGGCAAGGCGGUCUGCCACCGCGUUGGAGUGGGAAGGAUCCGCCACCUUGAGGUCCGCACCCUGUGGCUCCAAGCCAAGGUGCGAGACAAGAAGCUGGUGGUGAUCAAGCAGGCUGGGGAGACCAACCUGGCCGACGUGGGUACCAAGGCGCUGACGAGUCAGAGGUUCCACUGGCUGAGAGCACAGCUGGGACGACGGCCGUUGGCUGGCGCGGAUGACAUGGAGGAGAGCACGGCUGUUCUGGUCAACAUCGUGAGCGACACAACGUCCAAGAUGGCGAGGGUCGGCGCGGCCCUGAUCGCUCUCCUGGACAGCCUGGGCUCGGUGAAAGCGGACGGUGAGUGCGACGUCUACGGCUAUGAGAAGGACAGGAAGGAGAUCGCCCUGCAGGACACCCGUCAAGAGACUGGCGUGCACCUCCAGGGCAUGAUGCUCAUCAUGGUCAUGAUCACUAUCAUGAUCGUAGCAUGCACAGUCGGUGGCUGUGCGGGCUGGUGCAUCGGCUAUUUCAUGAGGCCGAGUUGCACGAGCGAGAGCAGGCAGGAGAAAGAGAAGGUAGAGCUCAACCAGAGGGCCAUCAAGACCAAGAAGCUGAAGGUCGAGUACAGGACCGUCUCGACCCAGAGCCAGCGGAAGGGCUUGAGCGACACCGCAGCAGCGCGUUUUGCCUGCGGCUCGCAGGACCAGGUUUUCCUUGAUUUUGUGCACGGUUUCCUCGUUGAGCGGUCUGAUCAGCCGCCUCGUUGA